AUGGAGUCUUUUUCAAAUUUUAACACCUCUAGUUCUAAUGAAAUGGAUCUUUAUUAUGAACAAUUUAAUUUCAUGCAGCUUGAUACCCAAACACAAAAUCAAGAUUCAAAUAAUGGAAACAACAUCCCCGAAAAUUCAUCAUAUUCACAGCCAAGCUCAACAUUAUUAUCGUCGAGUAUUUCCCCUCAAAACCAUAAUUUUGCUCAAUCUAUGGCUAAUACCACCUUUUCGUUAUCAAAUAAUAUGUUAGCAACUCCAGAAGGUUCAGAUAGAAAUGUUUGUGUCGAAUCUAUUAUUAUGUCGCCUUUUGGUAUGAUGCCAAAUUCUGGUAGCUUGGUGGUUAAUAGUCAUUAUGAUAAUGAGCAGCUUGUUUAUUGUUUCGUUCCACCAGAGCUUCUAUCUCCAAUAACAUCGCCAAUUCUAUCACCAGAUCAACCAAUAGAUAUUCACACAAAUAAUUCAACAAGAGGUAAUCAAAAAUCAAGAUUAUACAAUCAAACAAUCAACAGCUCCAGGUUUCAAUCCAUUAGCAAGCCGAAUGGCCACAAUGCUAAUUUAAGUCAAACACAAGGGAGAGGAACCUCUUUUUUUAAUAACAACAAUCACAAUGUUAAAAGUAACAACAAUAAUUCUAAUUUAUCUAGUAUUAUGGCCGGCUCACCAUGCCUAAUGCCUAAAAACGACGAUUCAAGAAAAAUUGUUUCCCCGUUAAACAACAAUUUAAUCAAUUCAACACAAUUGAGUAUUCAAGAUAGUAUGCCUAAUUUAAAUUUGGACCAACAAAGUAAAAGUGAACAAUCCAUUAAUAAGCCGAUAAAAAAUAUUGCUCCACCACCACUUUCGUCCUCAUUAACUCAAAUGAGAAGCGUUAUGGUAACAAAUGGUGAUGUGGGUCCACAGACCAUGAUGGUUAUUUCUCCAACUACUUCACCAAUAUCUCCUAUAUCAUCCAUUACACCUGGAAGGAAAAUUGUUCGUAAUUGUGCAUCACCAAUUGCACUUGGGCCUUCUAUCCACUCUAAAAGCCCUCAAGCUCUUAAGCCAACAAUAAGUCCAAAUUUAAAACCAAAAUUGCCAGGUGUACUAGCUGAUGAGGUUGCAGAACAAUUGGCUGAAAAAUCAAAUUAUCGUAGUAUUUUGGAAGGAACUGCUCAAUCCCUUGGAAUCUCCUAUUCUUCAGAUGUUCAUUCAAGUUUAGAGUCUAGGCGUACAACUCAUAAAGCUGCCGAACAGAAAAGAAGAGAUUCAUUAAAAAAAAGCUUUGACGAAUUAAAAAAAGUUGUCCCAUUAAAUUUAUCAGGAAAUAGUAACGAUACUAACAGCAACAAUAACAAUAAUAGCAGCGACAGUGUUAACGUUGAUAAAAAUAAUAGUAAAAACGGCGAAAAUAUUAAUGCUACAACAAAAAAUGUUAGCAAAUUAUUUUUAUUAAAAAGAGCUCAUGAUCAUAUUGUCGAGCUUCAAAGAGAAAAUGACGAGAAGGAUGAUAUGAUCAAAAAACUUCAGUAUGAAGUUGAAAGCCUUAAAGGCAUAAAAAGGCAAAAAACAGAGGAAAAAAUUGAAAUAUUUGAAAACAACGGAGAUUUGAAGACAUUUGAUAGAGAGGAAGAUAAAAAAAAGGAGGAUGAAUCUAGUGAUGAAAAUAACAACAAAACCGAGAAUACAGAAGAUGUCCAAGACAAUCAAUCAAAUGAAAAAGAAAAAACCAAAGAUCCUAAAAAUGAAUAA